UCUUAGUAAACUGCUAUUUUCAGGUUUUCGUCAAUUUAAAAGUAGUUUUGUACGUGGCCAAAAUAACUGAAAGUACCUUGACUGAGCUCCGACAAAACGCGUGAUGAUCUUGAGCAUGCGCAUAUUGGAUUUAAAAGUCGUUCCAGCGCUCUUAAAUCGACCUCAAGGUCCCUGGUAAUCACCCUAUACCGCACUGUUUUACCUUUGCAGUAAAGUACCAAGAAAAUAUAUACCCCGGGAAGCUUGUGCCUUACUUAUUGUAACCAACAUAAUCAACGAAAAGGAAGACAAGUUUCCAUUUCUAUUUAUCUUCCUUUUAUUACGCGAAAAGUUCUGCGAACUGAUCAAACAAUUGAAAGGAUGAAAUUUUAGUCGUCACGCGCGUGGGGCAAAGAAAAAUGUCCCAGUCCCUGACGGGGACUUGGGAUGCAUGCUAAGUUACUAUGUAAACGUACACGUUGAAAGUAAAUGCUAUGAAUACUAUGUGAAAAAAAAAGUAACCCAGGCCCUUGGUUAUCAGGCCAUCGCUGCAGAUAUCAAAAUAGUGCUCAUUUGUUUUCGCCAGUGCCGCUAAUUUUAAAUGACGUGAUGCGGUUUUCUUUUAAGAAAGCAAAGCAAAACGGCUCUUUAUUUCCCGUAUUGUUAAUCAAGAGCUAUAUAACCAGUUUGAAUCACAAUUAGCGUUAACAGGUGUUUACAGGUAGUUCCCCAUCUCACUAUUAAACAAUUUUUCGCUCAGUAACUUACAUUCUAAUAACCGUCUACUGAAAAGAUCGACUUCAAAAUCCGUACACGACGAGGAGAAUCUGCCAUUGCAGUAAUUGUUUCGACCGAAGACUCGAAAAAACAUUCGAUGGUGGCGACAAAGCAAGGAUCACAAAUUUUUUGAUGCAACCGCAGCUGGUCAACAUGAGUAAACCCAAGACGUUUUAGUAUUAAAGGUCAUGAUUAGAGCGUCAAAUAUUCAGUGAUGGAAGUCUGCGACCGACAUAAAGUUUCGUGAGAUCUUUAUUUAACUUCUGCCUGGGAAAUCAACGCGUGUGUUUUGGGUGCAACACUUCAUGACCGCGUUGUAGGCAAGGCCGUUAUUUUGCGUUGUAACUUGAAUUAAUGAACAUCAACGACGAUAAACUCUUCAGCGAGUGGAGGAAACCCCCUGUGCAACUGGUGCAUGCUGCGACAGAUUGAACUUUGCUGACCGAGUGGAACUUGAUUAAGAAAAGCGGGCCGUAACAAAUCUUACAUACUUGAUUUGGUUGUCACGCAGAUACUGAAUGCCAAACAGUCUUGCAAAGAAAUUAACUUGCAAGAGACGUUUCCCUUGGAUAUUAAAAUCAAAAGCAUUUCCAAUUUUAAAAGAAGUCGUUUAUCCGGCUCGCAAGGCCAUCCCUUCACAACGCGGACGUUUCCUCUGCACAGUAUGCCGCUAUCCGGUAUUGUUAUAAUUAUAGGAAUCUUACUGGGUAUCACUACACUAAUAGGUAUUCUCGGCAAUAUUUCCGUGUGUCUCGUGGUGUUUUGGAAUCGAUCCAUGAGGAAUCAGCUCCAUCUGUUUUUGGUGAACCUAGCAAUCGCCGAUGUUGGGAUGUCGGCCUCUUGCAUGCCCUUUGCCGUCGCUACUGUUUUGUUCCAUGAAAAGACUAUUGGUAAAGCCUUCUGUUAUUUCAAUGGUUUCAUUAACACGCUCUUUGCUAUGGCCAGUGUGCUUACCAUCUGCUCUCUGUGUGUUUACCAGUAUGUGUCUGUCGUCCUGCCAAUGAACAAAUCCCUAACCAACUUCCGGUGCCUCAUUAUGGUGCUUUGCGCAUGGGUUAUUUCGAUCUUCUUUGCCACCGGGCCCGCGAUACACUGGGGCCGCUAUGAAUUUACCUCCAACAUCUUCAACUGCGAGUAUUACCACACCACGGACAAAGCAGAGAUUUCCUACAACAUUUCUAUGAUGUUUUGCGGGUAUUUACUUCCUUGUACCUUCAUGAUUUUUACUUACAUCAGCAUUUUGCGAGCGCUGCACAAGCAUCAAGCGCGCAUGGCAGUGACGUCAUCGAUAUCACCGGCGCCGGUCGCGGGCGCGCCCGUUACCUUGGAAACGAAGUUGUGCAUGACAAUGUCGGUUGUGGUCUUAACGUUUCUAGUAUGUAGGACUCCAUUUUUCGUAUUUUUGGUCCUAACAACCAACGAUUUAGGACAUUCGCCCGAUUUUCUCGGGCAGUUGUCUUUCUGGGCAAUUUAUCUACAUAGUGCAUGCGAUCCGUUUAUUUACGCCUUCAAACACACGGAAUAUCAAGAAACUUUGAAAGAUAUAGUAAAAACAUUUAGGUUGGCAAUCGUGGCUACCUUUUGCUGCUGCGUUGCUAAAGGCAAUAGCGAGGAAACGACGAAGGAAAAAAGAUAACAGCGUCAAAUAGAACUCCGGUAAAUGAUUCCGCUGAAAUGGACACUCUCGAGACUUCGCGACGGUAAAUUCCGGCGCCCCGACAAGCCGGACCUUGUGUUGCCUAGUUCCUUGGCCCCUACAUUUCGCCGCGCGCGGUCAAUCCGUGUUGCGUCACGUGGUCUGAUCGUCUCUGUACGUCACCGAAUUCAAUCAACUGUGAAGGCCUGAGAGAAAGCCACAUAGGAAUUCCAACCCGGUGCACGAGAAUUCCUUUAGAGUAUAGGCAGUAUGCGAAAACUCAAGUUGUGACAUAAUCACACAUUUUAUUUCAACGAGCCUCAAUGUUUCUAGAAGAGUCUCUGUUUAAGCGGCCGCAGCCACCUUCAUGCCGUACCAAGGAGUGAUUUUGUAUUGUCCUAUACUCCAAUAAAUGGCUGGCGAGGAUAUGGUUUGGUUUUUGUCACCCAGCUGGACCCGAUGAAAGGAAAGCUCAAGCUUAUUACCUUAAGUAAAGAGUAUUUACACAUUGGUCUCAUACUGCGAUCAAAAUAACGCACCGAUACCAUUUUAAACAUUUUUACAUGUUUGCAUUUAUGAAGUAAAAAAACACUUUCCGUUUUGCUAUCGAAUUUUUGUUUAAAUCUAAUAGCUUUCUAUCACUUGAAAUGCCGUUCUCUUUCUGGCAAAGAUACCAGCCUACGCU